AUGCCUCCCGCAGUAGGCAGAAUGCACCACUCACACAUGUCCAAUCCGUUCGCACACCUUAAUCCUCAGCACUCAAUACCACAGUCGCAUUAUCAGAAUAGCCAGAUGCCCAAUUCUUUCAAUACACAGGCCUUCGGGAAUAGCGCACUCAAUGGCGGCAUAUCGCCUUUCAAUCCGACAUCUCCGUAUGGGGGAACAGCAUUCAGUGCCGCGGCGGGCUCGAAUACCUUCAACGGCAGCAUGUUAGGAGGUCAAGGACAGGGCCUGGGAUCAGCAGCAGCGCAGGCGGGAUUUGCAAGAGGCGCAGCGAUGCAAGAGCAUAACAAUGCGAUGGAUGUGGGGGGAGUCAAGUCAGGUCAAGCAGCACGGAUACGAGAAGUCUGGAGACAUAACCUCGACUACGAAUUCCACGUCCUGAGGCAACUGGUUCAGAAAUAUCCCUUCGUCUCGAUGGACGCAGAGUUCCCAGGUAUCGUGGCGAGGCCUAUUGGUCACUUCGCGGGCUCCAAGGCCGAAUAUCACUACCAGACGCUCCGCUGCAACGUCGACAUCCUCAAACCAAUCCAGGUUGGCAUUACACUUUGGACACCCGAAGGCGAGUUGCCGCCAGUGCAAGAUCCAAAAAUCUCUACACAACCGGGUGGAAAGCUGCAAUACAACAACAACCAUCUUCUCGGCCAAACAAUACCAUGCACCUGGGUAUUCAACUUCCAGUUCAGCCUCGAGGAGGAUAUGUACGCCGAAACUAGUAUCGAACUUCUCAAGAACAGCGGCGUUGAUUUCCAACGACAUCAGGACAUGGGCAUCACAACCGAAUCGUUUGGAUCACUGCUCACGACGUCCGGGCUAGCCUUCAGCUCCGAUAUCAACUGGCUCAGUUUUCAUUCAGGCUACGACUUCGGCUAUCUCAUUAAACUGCUUUCAAACGAUGCUCUACCCAUGGAGCAGACGCAAUUCUCCGAGCUCGUCAAGACCUUCUUUCCAACGCUGUGGGACAUCAAGUUUCUCCUGAGGCACGCUCAGCGAGUACGCAACAAUGGUCGUCUCUCCGCAGAUGGCAUGCGCAUUGUCGACGCACUCGGAAGCAAGUCUGGCUUAGGCGACCUGGCAGAAGAACUUGGUUGCCAGAGGAUCGGCAACCCGCACACAGCUGGCUCAGACGCAUGGCUUACGGGAUCUGUUUUCUGGGCCAUGAAGAACAAGAUCUUCAACGGCGAGCUCGAGGAAGAACUUUCCAACCAAAUCUACGGUCUUCAUGGAGUUCCUGCGCCGGCCAGUCAGCAAUAUCGUGACGACUUCCUCGCUGCGCAGAGCACUCCUUCCGGACAGGGCGUGAACGGAGCUACGCCUGCUGCUGCAAGCGGACUCUCCGGGCUCGGCACGGUCUUCACACCGAGCAAUCAGCCCGCCACGCCUACCACACAGCAUGCAAGACUGAACAACCAAACGCCGGGGCCUCCGGGCCAUUACGGCGGCUUCGGAAAUUUCACUUAUCCCAAAUAG